AUGCCUUUUCCGGCUAAUCACCGGAACCAGGUGCCGCCAGUCGGUCAUUUUCAGCCCCAAUUUCUUCCACCUCGACCAAAUUUCUAUCCAUCUCCACAAACCCUGGUGCCACCUUAUUCAUGUGGUGGGUACAAUUUUCAAGGGCAGGGUGGUUCUACUUCAGCAAGUUCUGUCCCUCAUCGUCUACCACCGCAAGGCGUAUCUCCGGUUAACGGUGCUGGUCCAGUAGUCUCUGGUUUGCUUGGGUCUCUAAUGGCACAAGGUGUGAUCUCAUUGAAAAAUCAAAGCAGAGGAGGACUCGAGAGUACUAGUCCACUAAAUUGUGUACCUCUUGUACCACAGCGAGGCGCAUUUCCUGUUCAAAAUGCUGCUGCUUAUGUUCCAGUAGUAGCUCCUGGUUUAAUUGAUUCUCUCCUGGCACAAGGUGUGAUUUCGUUGAAGAAACAAAGCCCGGCACUGAAAGAGGAGAAGGAUGCUGUGGUAGGAUGUGAGUUCUCCGGCCUUGAUCUAAAUCUGCGUCGCGAAUCUGUGGUAAUCGGCUUGUAUGAGGGUGGUCUGCCAAGGCAAUGUAAAAGCUGUGGCCUCCGGUUCAAGUGUGAAGAACAGCACACAGCCAUAUGGAUUGGGGCUGAGGCUGAGACAUUACUUUCUGGUGUAGUUUUACCUGCUGCUGACACCAGUGGCGCGGCCGAAAAGAAAAGGAAGACUGGUGAUGAAGAAAUGGUUGUUCCUGCGGACGAGGAUCAAAGUAAAUGCGCCUUAUGCAGAGAUGCUUUUGUUGAGUUUUAUAGUCAUGAGACAGAUGAGUGGAUGUAUAAAGGUGCUGUCUACUUGAAUGCGCCUCAGGGGCUAGCACCGGAGAUGGGUCGAUCACAGUUGGGUCCUAUAGUCCAUGCCAAAUGCUGGUCAGAGGGAAGUAGGAAACGUCUGCGGAGGAGUUGA